UCCCCCACUUUAUUGACUAGCUCAAUUGACUCGAAGUCAAGUGUGCCAGGAAUUGAUUAGCAAAUGUGCGUGUAAACUCUGCAAAAAGAAGAACCUCAUCUCGCACGUUCACUCUUUGAUGUUCUGAUCCAUGGCCAUGUCUCUCGCGGAUUUGCUGCUGCCUUUGUUUCUACUCGUCUUUCUCACAAGAUCCCGGUCACAGUGCCCCACAAAUCCAUCCGCAAUCGUGAACGACACACAGGUUCUUCUCUCUCUCCGUGACAGGCUUGGCAUCAAAGUGUGGAUCGAGACUGCCAAUCCAAGAGCAUGGCGGGGAGUGGAGUGGAGCUCGGACAACCAAGUGGAGGGCCUCGCUCUGUCCAGGUUUAAUCUCUCGGGAGUUUUUCCUGCCACCUGGGCCGAGCUUCCAUCGCUGGCUCGCCUGGACCUCUCGCAAAACGGCCUCUCCUCGCUGGAAGUCCCUUGCAAAAAUACGCAGCUCAACCUCCUCAACUUGAGCUCCAAUUCCCUGCAAGAGUUCCCCGGAAAUCUCUCCAGCCUCGAGAGUUUGGAAAGCCUGGACCUCAGUGGGAACAACUUAACAGUGGCCAGACUCCCAAAGUUUAGCUUGACGCUGCGAUCGCUCAACCUGUCCAUCAACAACUUAACUGGGAGCUUUUCCAUUGGUGGUAACCUGGGACUGGAGACACUGGAACUCUCGCAGAACGGCCUCAGCGGCUCCAUUCCAGAAACUUUCGGGGAGAUGACGAACUUGACACGCCUGGACAUAUCGUAUAACAGGUUUAGAGGAGAUCUACCCGAUAUUUGGAGCAAGAACUUGGAGCUCAGGUACAUGCGUAUCUCCGAAAAUUCGCUCCAGGGUGGUUUGCCACCGAGCUUGAGAAGGCUACGCAAGCUCUCGGAAUUACGCGCUGCAUACAACUCUCUCUCCGGGCCACUGGAGCUGGAAGAUGGCGACUUUGCAAGCAUCGAGGUUUUGCACCUCGGGCUAAACGGGUUUAGCGGAACGAUCCCGGCUACGCUGGGAAACUUGAGGAACUUGAAGAUCCUGGUUCUCAUGGGGAAUCGUUUUAGUGGCGCCAUACCUCUGGAGCUUGGAAACUGGUCGAACAUCAGAGAGAUAUGGCUCGACAGCAAUAACUUGACUGGAACAAUCCCAGGCGAGCUCUCGAAGCUCUCGCAUCUCCAGAAGCUGGUUCUCAGGGGGAAUCGUUUUAGUGGCGCCAUACCUCCGGAGCUUGGAAACUGGUCGAACAUCAGAGAGAUAUGUCUCGACAGCAAUAACUUGACUGGAACAAUCCCAGGCGAGCUCUCGAAGCUCUCGCAUCUCCAAAGGGUGGUUCUCACGGGAAAUCGUUUUAGUGGUGCCAUACCUCCGGAGCUUGGAAACUGGUCAAACAUCAGGGAGAUAUGGCUCAACGGCAAUGAUUUGACUGGAACAAUCCCAGGCGAGCUCUCGAAGCUCUCACAUCUCCAGCAGCUAGUUCUCAGUAGUAACGACAUCGGUGGGGAGCUCCCUUCCGGACUCUCCAACUGCACCGAGCUCGUCAUUCUCGGGCUGGACCAGAACAAGUUCUCUGGAAAUCUCCCUGACAGCUUCGGGAAUUUGAGCCGCCUGCUCCUUCUGUCGCUUUCCAGCAACGAUCUUGUCGGUUCAAUCCCAGCCAUAUUGCAAAACAUGUCGUCUCUGCAGUUCCUCUUCCUCGACAACAACAGCUUCAGCGGCUCCAUACCGGACUGGCUUCCCAGGCUCACGAACUUACGAGCCAUGAACUUCUCGGUUAACAGGUUCUCUGGGGAGAUGCCGGAAAGCAUUGGCCGACUUUUUGCCAACGUCCAGCUUUACGACCAGAACAAACGGUCUGUGAUGAUUCAAACCGAGCAAGGACUCGUCUACAACGGCUUCGCCUUCCCGACCUCCAUAGACUUCUCCUUCAACCAGCUGACUGGAAGCAUUCCAGCUGCCAUUGGCGACCUCUACAAGCUCCAGGGGUUGUACCUGAGCCACAACCAGCUAACAGGUCCCAUUCCCGAGUCCCUGGGGAAGGCAAGGAAUCUCUCCUGGGUGGAGCUUGCGAGCAAUCGUCUCAAUGGCUCCAUACCAUCGUCCGUGGCGGACCUCUCGUUUCUCACCAUCUUCGACGUCUCCAACAACAACCUGGUGGGACGGAUACCUGACAGCCCGCAACUCUCGCCCAUGGACGCGGCUCUCUUCGCUGGGAAUCAGCUCUGUGGCUUCACAUAAGCUUAGAACAGAGGGACAAGGUGGUAGCGAACAGGACCAAACAGAGGUGAUAACACUUGUCAGCGUUGCGAUCUUCGUGGCAGCCUUCUUCAACGCGUUCUUCUGGACCUACUUUGCGGCAAACCACAGAGCUCAUUCCCAUGCUGGCAAUCAAAUCUCUAGCUCGUCCACCAUGUUGCUGCCGUCCUUUCUACCUUCCAGUUCGUAAUCCAUCACCAUCGUGUGACCGCUUGAUGAAGUGAACUCUUUUUAUCCGCUUUCAA